AAAUAAUUUAAUAAUUUAUUUUUUUAUAUUUCAAUUUCUUCUCCACAAGCUUCCCACCAAUCAAAGCAAAGCAUUAUCAAUGUCAUUCUUUCGCAGUGAACCCAUGUCAUUGUGCCAAAUAGUUUUACACACCGAAUCCGCUUUUAAUUGUCUAAUUGAAUUGGGUUAUGUGGGAAAAGUGCAAUUUCGUAAUAUUUAUGAUGGCAAUCCGGUGACAAAUAAUCUCUUUGCCACAGAGAUAAAAAGAUGCCACGAACUGAAACGUAUAAUUAGUUAUUUACAACAAGAAAUUGAUGAGCUAAAAAUUAAAACCGUUAUUUAUCCGGAUGUUGAUGAAGAUGAAAUACCGGAGGCAGAUGAUUUAAAAACUUUGGAAGUAGUGGUGCAACAAUACUAUGAAGACUUUAUACAAGUGGCGGGUAAUGUGGAUGUUUUUAAAAGGCAAAGUCAUCAGUUGUACGAACGUUUGGAGGUUUUGGAAAAGGCGGAUAUAUUUUUGGGUGCCCAAGGUAUGAAACCGGAGGCAGUAAUGGCCUGGUCGGAUAGUGUUAUAAGAUUGUUAUUGCAAAAUGAAUUGAAUGCCGAGGAGUUGAGUGAGCAAGUACACUUGUCAUUUUUUGCCGGCACUAUAGCAAUGGAAAGAUUUCAGGCAUUUGAAAUCAUGUUAUGGCGUGUUACUAGAGGUUAUUUCUUUAUAAAACAUGAAGAAAUGAAACCGCUAGAUAAGGAGAAUUUUUCCAAGAAAUAUGUUUUUAUGGUAUUUUUCUUGGGCUCGGAAUUAAGGAAAAAAAUUGCCAACAUUUGUCAGGGUUUUGGUAUACAACUAUUUGAAUGUUCACAAUCACUGCAGGAACGUCGCGUAGAAGCUGAACAUAUAAAACAGGAAAUGCAAGAUUUAGAAGCAAUUAUAGAACGUAUUAAAAUGCAUUGUUUCAACUUACUGCUCUUGGCCUCGGCCGAUAUAUAUAUUUGGCGUGUAAAGGUAGAUAAAAUGUUAAAAGUCUAUUAUGUACUCAAUCGCAUGAGUCGCAUAAGACAUUUACAUUUAGACAAAUAUCUACAGGCUGAAUGUUGGAUACCUUCACAAGACAUGGAAAGUGUUAGAACGGCUUUAUUACAAGGCGCCAGACGUACAGCUAAAGAUAAUUCACGUUCUAUGUUUAUACCUUUGUUGAAUGAGCUUCAGAAACGAAAUUUAACGGAUUUGGAUAAACCCACGUAUUUUGUUUUGAAUAAAUUUACUCAAGGUUUUCAAAAUCUUAUCGAUUCAUAUGGUAUAGCUCAAUAUCAGGAACUGAAUCCAGCACCUUAUACCAUUAUAACAUUUCCUUUUCUAUUUGCCGUUAUGUUUGGUGAUAUCGGUCAUGGCAUUAUAAUGUUUCUAUUCGGUUUAUAUAUGGUUUUAAAAGAGCAAAAAUUAGAGGAACAGAAUCGUUUUGCCUUACAACAAAGUGAAAUUUGGAAUAUCCUGUUUGCGGGUCGUUAUAUUAUCUUACUAAUGGGUGCUUUUUCCAUUUAUACGGGUUUUAUAUAUAAUGAUUGCUUUUCUAAAUCCUUUAAUAUAUUUGGUUCCUCUUGGCGGGCAGAUUUUAAUAGCACAACAGUUCUACAUGCCCACUAUAUACAACUAGAUCCUUAUGAUAAACAACAAUAUUUGGGAACUCCCUAUGUUUUUGGCAUGGAUCCGGUAUGGGAUGCUUCAGGAGAAAAUGCUAUUAUAACAUUCAAUUCUUUAAAAAUGAAAUUGGCCAUUAUAUUGGGAGUGGCUCAAAUGUCCUUUGGUCUAAUCCUAUCGGCCUUUAAUCAUAUACAUAAAAAGGACUAUGUAAAUCUGCUGUUUGUGUUUCUGCCUCAGCUGACUUUUCUCUUGUGUAUUUUUGCCUAUUUGGUAUUUUUAAUAUUUUUCAAAUGGUUGCAAUUUGGUGGUCACACCAAAACACCCUACAACUCGGCCUGUGCUCCCAGCAUAUUAAUAGUGUUUAUCAACAUGUUGCUAAUGAAAGGCCCCGAAGAGCCUCCUGUAGGUUGUGAAACUUGGAUGUUUGAUUUACAGCCUUAUUUGCAAAUAGUUUUACUUAGCCUGGCCCUCAUUUGUAUACCGCUACUGUUGGCUGGUCGACCGGUUUAUUUCAUGAUACAAGAGAAAAAUUUACAAAAAAUCAAAAAUGAAGCUUUAAGGAAGUCCAGAACUCUCAGUACCCUAACGAAUAUGAGAAAAUCUCUGGUAUAUAAUGUGGAAAGCUCUGUACAUCCGGUUAAAUCGGAAAUGGAUUUUAGUGAAUUGUGGAUACACUCGGGCAUUCAUUGUAUCGAAAGCAUAUUGGGCUCAGUCUCUCAUACCGCCUCAUACCUACGUUUGUGGGCUUUAUCCUUGGCCCACGAUCAACUAUCAACAGUUUUAUGGAAUAUGGUCUUAAAAAUAGGUUUAACCGGUCAGCGUGGCUAUUGGAAUAGUUUGGUCUUAUAUAUAGUGUUCAUUUUCUGGUCCAUUUUAACGGUGGCCAUAUUAGUGAUAAUGGAGGGUUUAUCAGCAUUUUUGCAUACUUUACGUUUACACUGGGUAGAAUUUCAAUCGAAAUUUUAUGCUGGUAGCGGUGAGGUCUUUCAACCAUUUCGUUUUGAAAAAAGUUCACCACAUUAUGAAGAUUAAAAUUUCCUUUAAAAUUUUUUUAUAUUUUUUAUAAACAAAAAAAAUUUCAAUUAUUUUAAAAACCAAAAUUAUUUCCGUUUUUUACCUCCCCAAAUUCUUCUUCUACUUAAAGAAAAUUUCUUUGCUUUUACAAAAACAACAAAAUUUUAUAUACAAAAAGUAUUCAAGGUCAAUUUCUAUAGAUUUUGUUUUAUUAUUUUAUUUUCAUUUCUUUACAUUUUUUUG